GGCGGGCUCCCCAGGUGGCAGACGCUGUCGCUGCGCACACCUGGCCUCUGUGCCGCCUGCUCCCUGCUCGUCCUCCCCUCCCCACCCUCACCCACCUGCCAUGGACGGGCCCGCCGAGCCCCAGAUCCCGGGCUUGUGGGACACCUAUGAAGAUGACAUCUCGGAAAUCAGCCAGAAGUUGCCAGGUGAAUACUUCCGGUACAAGGGCGUCCCCUUCCCCGUCGGCCUGUACUCGCUCGAGAGCAUCAGCUUGGCGGAGAACACCCAAGAUGUGCGGGACGACGACAUCUUUAUCAUCACCUACCCCAAGUCAGGCACGACCUGGAUGAUCGAGAUCAUCUGCUUAAUCCUGAAGGAAGGGGAUCCGUCCUGGAUCCGCUCCGUGCCCAUCUGGGAGCGGGCACCCUGGUGUGAGACCAUUGUGGGUGCCUUCAGCCUCCCGGACCAGUACAGCCCCCGCCUCAUGAGCUCCCAUCUUCCCAUCCAGAUCUUCACCAAGGCCUUCUUCAGCUCCAAGGCCAAGGUGAUCUACAUGGGCCGCAACCCCCGGGACGUUGUGGUCUCCCUCUAUCAUUACUCCAAGAUCGCCGGGCAGUUAAAGGACCCGGGCACACCCGACCAGUUCCUGAGGGACUUCCUCAAAGGCGAAGUGCAGUUUGGCUCCUGGUUCGACCACAUUAAGGGCUGGCUUCGGAUGAAGGGCAAAGACAACUUCCUAUUUAUCACCUACGAGGAGCUGCAGCAGGACUUACAGGGCUCCGUGGAGCGCAUCUGUGGGUUCCUGGGCCGUCCGCUGGGCAAGGAGGCACUGGGCUCCGUCGUGGCACACUCAACCUUUGGCGCCAUGAAGGCCAACACCAUGUCCAACUACACACUGCUGCCUCCCAGCCUGCUGGACCACCGUCGCGGGGCCUUCCUCCGGAAAGGGGUCUGCGGCGACUGGAAGAACCACUUCACGGUGGCCCAGAGCGAAGCCUUCGAUCGUGUCUACCGCAAGCAGAUGUGGGGGAUGCCGACCUUCCCCUGGGAUGAAGACCCGGAGGACGGCAGCCCAGACCCUGCGCCCAGCCCUGAGCCUGAGCCCAAGCCCAGCCUUGAGCCCAACACCAGCCUGGAGCGUGAGCCCAGACCCAACUCCAGCCCCAGCCCCGGCCCCGGCCCCGGCCAGGCCUCUGAGCCCCCGCACCCGAGACCCUGAGAAUAAACACGUCGCUUCUGCCCA